AUAUUUCAUUAUCAUGGUCGGAAAUCUUGUACCUGUGAAAACAAAGCAACGGGCAAAUGUUGUCCACAAAUGAAAAGGAUCCACAAUGCUUGUACGGCUGAAUUUUUUUACGAGCUCUAUUCCAGUUAUUGUUUUUCCCCCUUUUUUGAUAAACGAUGCUGACGUGGAGGGAGGCCUACCAAAGUUGGAUAACUGAGGCCCACAGCCAAAUACACCACAGGUGUAAACAUUUCUUAGCCAAAUACCCCCGUGUUGCUUGCUUCCCAAAUUCCAAUGCCGAUUUGAGUUAGAGAACAAAACAAUGGCCGCCAACAGCUUGUUGAGGGUGCCAGUGGCACCCGUGAGUGAGAGCAGAGGUAGAAGUAGCCCUACCCUGAGCCUGAGCUUCACUUCAGCGGUGAAUUGGAAAUGGAAGAGGAGAGACUCAAAGCGGAAGGAAGUGAUAGUAGGGGUGGGAGUGGGGUUGCCCUGCACAGUGAUGGAGUGUGGGGACAUGAUAUACAGGAGCACGUUGCCGCAGGAGGAAGGGAUCAACAUAACGCCGCCGGGGGUCUUUUUGGCAAUUUUGGCCGCCUCCUAUUUGUGGGCAACCCCUGGAGUGGCGCCUGGUUUCUGGGAUAUGUUCGUCUUGGCACCUCUUCAACGCUUUUUCCGUCCCUCUUUGAGAAAGGAUGAUUUUGUUUUUCAAAAGAAACUUGGAGAGGGAGCAUUUGGCGUAGUUUAUAAAUCUUACCUAACUAAGAAGUUACAAGCAAAGGAUGAUGCUUUGGUAGUGAAAAAAGCAACUGAAUAUGGUGCUGUGGAAAUAUGGAUGAAUGAACGAGUUCGUAGGGCCUGUCCCAACAGUUGUGCUGAUUAUGUUCAUGGUUUCCUUGAGAGUUCAACAAGAAGCAAAGCAGAAGAAUAUUGGCUUGUCUGGCGUUAUGAAGGUGAUGCCACACUGGCAGAUCUUAUGCUGAGUAAAGAGUUCCCCUACAAUGUUGAGAGGAUGAUUCUUGGAGAGGUUCAAAACAUGCCUAAAGGCAUAGAAAGAGAAAACAGGAUAAUUCAGACUAUCAUGCGUCAAAUCUUAUUUGCCCUUGAUGGACUGCAUUCUACGGGAAUCGUUCAUAGGGACAUCAAGCCCCAGAACAUUAUAUUUUCUCAAGAUUCCCGUGCCUUCAAGAUCAUUGACCUUGGUGCUGCUGCGGACUUGCGGGUGGGUAUUAAUUAUGUACCAAAGGAGUUUCUAUUGGACCCAAGACUGAGAAAUCUAAGUGCAGGCAAAGAUGAUUACUUGAAAUUUGAGCUGCGGAAUACAGACAUGAGCAUCGCGAAUGUCCCGUGGCGAGCAAUGAUCGCAGAGGUGCCGACGAUUGCCUUAGACCUGGUAGAAAUCGAGAACAAUUCGCCAGUGCUCAAUGACGAAUUCAUCGUGCACAGGUUGGGCCUCAUCCCACUCACCUCCAAGCGUGCAAUGGAGAUGAGCUUCUCGUGUGACUACGACCGGUGCGAUGGCGACGCGCAGUGCGAUAACUGUUCUGUUGAAUUCACCCUCCUCGCCAAAUGCGACGGUGACCAGACCCUCGAUGUCACCAGCUUAGACCUCAUGUCCUUUGAUCAACAAGUCAUUCCUGUUGAUGUCGCCAACCGUGCUACCGACGACUACGACCUGACUGAACGAAGGGGCAUAAUCAUAGUUAAACUUUGAUGCGGUUAGGAAUUGAAGCUUCGUGCCAUAGCCAGGAAGGGUAUUGGCAAGGGCCAUGCCAAAUGGUCGCCGACUGCAACGGUUACUUUCAUGUACGAGCCUGGUAUCGAAAUGCUGACGGCAAGUGGAGUUGCUAUGGACAUCUCUGUCCAUUUUAACAUUCUAUAUUCGAAUUCUUCAUUCGGGGAGGAGAACAUGUUGUGGAGGAUUCUCUUCGGCGAUUGUAACAUUUUACUAGCAAAAUCUGUGAUAUGGAGGCGUCCUCUUGUUUUCGGCAUUUUGGUGGUACUCCAGCCAAAACUUGUUAUCCCAAUGGAGUACCAAAUUGCUGUCAACUCCGGAAUAGAGUAUCGCUCGACACACCUCUAUAAAUUUAUAGGGACUUUGGUUGCUUAUUUGGUGGUACCCAUGCGAUCUUUAAGUCAAGAUAGCUGGAAGAUAGUAGCUGCUCUAAUGAGAAGGCAUAUUGGUGGAGUUGUUAAUUAUGUUGCAGUUUCAGAGGCUCUUGGUGUGUCUUCAUUAGUGUUGACAACAAGACUGGCUGCAGAUAAUUUGGUCUGUGCAAUUUACUUCACAACACUUUUUGCACUGGCUUCUAGAAUACCUCCUAAAAUUUCAACAACUGCCAAUGGAUGA